AAAACUCACAGUGAAAUGUUUCUCUUCUGUUGAGCCUGCUCUGUUUGUGGACGUCGUUUGGUUUCUUUGCCUUCGUUUAACAGUAUUCUGGUAACACAUUACGGGUUUUAUACAGGAUAAAACACAACUGUGACUGAGGGAGAAGCUUAAUUUACCUCCAGCAAUGUCAAGUUGCUCAACUAUCCACUUAACUUUACCGCAGUGGGACGGAGGCUCACGGAAAAUUCGCUUUAUUUACUUGGUGAAUGUGACAUCGUUCAGGCUGACAGGGUGUCCCAGCAAGAGUCCGAUGGUUCCUCUCUAUUUAGGAGCUGAUCUUUUCUCCAACACCGACAUCCGCACAGAGAACCAUCCCAGACACCAUGCCAAGUUUGCCAAGAAAGGAUUGGCAACAAAAAUAAAUUUUUCCCCAGCAUUCAGGUUUCAUGGGUUGAAGGUGCCUACUGUCAAUAACAGCCUCUGGUUCUACAGCAUUCAAGGACUCUUUCGAGUCGCCUUUGAAAUGUACAGUAAGCAAGAGCAGCUUGCUGUGCUAGAAAACUUCCAGGAUGUUUGGAAAACGCAGAUAAAUGACAGCCCUCUGAAAAUGGGUUACAGCCUCAGUGUGCAGCUCGACUUUGCUCUAUCCAGCUGCUCGCAUGAGACAGAAUCAAGGAAUGAAAUGUCACAACCUCAGCACUGCCAGGUUGGCAGAGGAUCGGUGGAUUUAUACAGCGGUGACACAUCGGCAGAUCACGAUUAUUGCUGUUUUCCCAAGAAGAACUUGCAAACUGAGCAAAGCCAUCUAGUUGUAUCCAAAGUGAGACAGAAAUUGCACAGCUUGGAUGACAAACUCUCUUCUGAGACUCCAAGCUACACAAAGCUUGAGACGAUCUUGCUGCUUUUGGAGAACAUUGAUCGGUACAUAAAUGGGAAUCUAGAAGAAAAGGAUGUUACAGAAACUGUGUUAACCCUGCUCAAGGCCAAAGACUGGGGCUGUGUGUAUUCAAGUUCCCUGCUUAGCUGUAUAGGACGUUGGCUUGGCCAGCAGUUUCACGCAGCCAACAGCAGCAUCAGCCAGAAAGUGGAGGGCUUUAAAGUUCAUCAUAUUGAGCGAAUUAGUGACUUGCCUCCUGCCGAGGAACUGGCCACAGAGCUAUUCCCAGAAGCCAUGCAAACACUGCUGCUUCAUUGGAUGGGCUUAAGUGAAGAGUCCACCCUGGAGAAGAGACACAGCGAGUACCCAAUCCUGCUCCUUAUCCUCGAGUUUGCCAAUCACAACCUCAUCACUGGUGUGGCUCAUGUGUUGUACUCCAGUCUUAUAUGUAAAUAAUUAUAAGUUUCCAUGUAAGCAUCAACAGAAAUCCCUGGAAUUUAACUGAGUAUUAGAUUAGUGUAUUAGAGUACUGGAUCCUUAGAUAAAUUGCAUCCACUGGAAACAAAAUACCUGGACCAGCAAGAGUAACUUAAUCUCUACGCAAAUUGUUAACAUUUGUAUUUUUGUAUGUUAACUUAUCCUUUCUUACUUUGGACAGUUUGUUUUUGCUACAGAUUACUUCUAUAACUCAGGCUGGAUGACAACUCAAUGUUCAAUAUAUUGCAACAUGAUCAUUACAUGGUUAUUAUUUUAUGUUUAAAAACUAAUACAAAUGAAUGUGAAGACAAAUGCGAGUUAUUUGUUUGAUGCAAUGCUUAACUGUUAAAACAUUUGAUAUCAGUUUGAUCCUUUUGUAUAAUUUUGCCUUCAUUUGUUGCAAUAUAUAUUGAUACUGGAAUCUAGCAACAGCGCAAACUUCAUUUGAACCAAAAUGUACACAUAAUCACAUAAAAUAAACAAAGUGAUGUAUGAAAAACCUUA